UUUCGACGAACAUAUGCUACGGUGGAGAAAUCGAUUUUAUAUCAAAGCUGAUUCCCGCCGACUUUGCUGAAGCCGGCGUCUUCUGAAGAAGACUUUACCCUCCCCGCUCGUCCCCUCUACGGAGGUUGACGGGCGUGGUCAAAUUCGAGCAGGGCCAAAAUGACCCUGUACUCGUCGCCGCCGCCGCAUCAUUCUUCCGAUCGGGACAAACCAACACUCUUGGUUUGCUGGUGGAUCACCUUGUUCUGCACCACGAUUAUCCUCUUGCGAAUCGCUGGUCGCUUUAUUCGUUCCGAGAAGCUUUUCAGGGAAGACAAGACAGCAGCGCUGGCUAUCAUCCCGCUUUAUUUGCGUAUGGGAUGUGUUCAUGUCAUACUCAUUUAUGGAACCAAUAAUGCACAAUAUAACGAGCUGACGCCCGAGCAAUUGCAUAGAAAGUCCGUUGCUAGUGGACUGGUCCUUGCUAGCCGAAUAUUCUACGCCGCGACACUCUGGAUCUUAAAAACCGCCAUUCUCGAAUUCUUCAAACGUCUGACGAUUAUCACCUGGAAUCGUUCGCACGAAAUUACGCUACUUUUCAUCCGAGCUACUCUAAUUGUAACCUUCGUGGCCGUACUAAUAGCGGAUUUGACGGAAUGUCAACCGUUCACCCACUAUUGGCAAGUAAUGCCCGAUCCUGGAGGCCAGUGUCGUCAAGGAUACGUUCAACUCAUCACCAUGGCUACCUGCAAUAUCAUGACCGACCUUCUCCUCGUCUUUUAUCCGGUCCCUAUCAUCCUCACAAGCCACAUGAACACCAAGAGAAAAGUCCAACUAACUCUCUUGUUUUCGUUGAGCCUUGGUGUUGUGGGAGUCACCGGAUACCGCAUUCCUCGAAUAAUACAACUGCACGGAGACCAGCAAAUUCGAUCUCUACUCGCUUCGGUCGAACUACUCUUUGCCACAGCCGCUGCCAAUACGCUGGUACUUGGAUCCUUCGUACGAGACCGGGGUGUGAAGAAAUCUAAAUAUAGGCAUAAUUCUUCUACGGCUGCCGAAUCCAUCGACAGGGGCUCUGACCGUAGACCUACGCUUAAUAGGCACUGGGGUAGUGACGAGGAUCUUGUGAGAGACUUGGGGCUUGGUGUGGAUCGCGAAAUUCGCGAUGCGGCACGACAGCACAAUCAAAGAGCCAAGCCUGCGAUAUCUGUUUCGACGAUGGACACUUGGCAAUUCCCUCAACGACAACCAAACAGUGCUACGCCUAGCGACAUCACCCUCUUUACCCCUGAUCAAAUCACUGCAUCCCGAAGCGACUCUACUAUGACCCCUCGGAGGGUUUCAUUUUUCGAUGUUGGUGGGCUACUUGAUGGUGAGCCGUCUCGAAGCAUACGGGAUAGUUAUAAUUCUACUAUCGAACCACCUUCUCCGCUUUCGCCGGCUUCGCCUGCACCCUCCAUACAAGCGCCUACUAGCGGCUUUCGACGCGGUUCUUCAGUUAUCCUGAAAGAUUUGGGCCUUCUCACCCCUUUCAAUAGGAGACAAUCCCGAUCGAGCUCCAGGACCGGGACUGAAUUGGAACCAAUUCCGCAACAUUCAAGGGAACCAUCAACCGAUCGUAUUCCCCAGAUUAAGCCCAAAUCGAAAGAAACGGACAACGAACUAAAAGACUUGGAGAGCCGCUCUCGAAAGAUUUCAUUACGAUGACGCUAAUGUUCGUUUGAAUUUUGGCGGUACCCCCCGAUCAAAGGCAUCUAUUUGCGCUCUAGCGAUAGCUCAAUCGCUAGUCGCUUUGAUAUUGCAUUGCUUGCUUCAGCUUGAAGCUUUUAAACAGGAUUGAUGUGGCCGCGCGAUGGUCAAAAUCCUCAUAACCCGCCUCGAAACAGAAGCUACAAGGGGGAUGGAUUGAGGCGAACAGUUUCG